GCUAUUUUCCAAGCGUGCUUGCGAAGAUUUUGAGCGAGAAAAUUUACAUAAGACGGAGAAACAUAAAAAUAUUGAGUAUAUUUUUUAAAGUUUACUGAUUAAAACGCAUAUUUUUUGAAAAAAGAUUCAUUGGACUGGCGAUAUCUGUCGAGAUUAUCGAGAUUUCCAUUUUUGGCAGUGACGACUCCUAUGCUCAUUCGCUAACGCCUAGCGUUUCGGUAAGUGCACAUAGCGCAAUUUCGGGGUUCAAUAGAAUAUUUUUCUCUUUUGUGUAGGUCAGUAUGGCUGAGGCCCAAAAAAGGGUACACGAUCCUCCAACUGGGCAAACCCCUGGAAAAAGGCAACCAAAACUGAGAUCUACAUCUGGAAAGUUUUUGAAGAGAUCCCUGUUUCAAUCAGCUACAGGUGAAUUAGAGAACAGGGCAGCGGAAAAAAAUACAAAGAUUAAUACAACAUGGAGUGAAGAAGAAUUGUCAGCAUUGGUUGAGUAUAUUGCCCUUUACUAUUCUCCUGAUGAAGAUUCCACUUGUGAAUGGCCACUUUUUAAGGAUGAAGAAUUUUGGGGGGAAUGUGCUAAUGGUGUCAACUGUGUUAACAUUGGCAAGGAGCGAACUGGACUUGCAUGUAGAAGUAUUGUUCGGCGAUUCUUGAAGGAAAAGUUCAAAACAAUUGCUGAUGCUGAAGAAGCUUAUGGAAUUUGCUAUUUUGGUGAAAAGGAUUCCAAUCAUGCUGACCAAAAGACCCCAUCUACUCCCCUUGGUAUCUCUGGGCAAACUACAUAUGCAUCUGCAAGAUCUCCAUUGCUAGGUUUUUCUUCCUUACGUGAUAGUGAUGCUACUAAACUUCCAGGUUGUAUUCUUGAUGUGAUCUCAUCUGGCUUUAUGAGGCUGUCAUGUCGUCAACGGGAACAACUACUCAAUUACCUAUUUCGAUUGUGGACGGUAAAUGACAUUAAUAAGGGAGUUGUUUUUGAUGCUAAAUUUCUGCCUCAUAACUUUUUAGGGCUUGUGGCCAAGGCAAUGUCAGUGCUUCAUGCAGAGAAGAAAGACAAUCUUAUUUACUAUGCUGCUCGUUGCUUUGGAGAGAUUGGCAAAGGGGGUGAAGGUUCAAGGAUGCCAUUGGAUAGAAUGCCAUUUGGUUUAAUUGCGCACAAUUUGAAAUUUUUUGGAUCAGACAAUGUUUCCAAUCUUCAAGCUUCCGAUGACUAUAAAUCCUGGUGUCAGUCAAUGUAUACCUUGUUUGGAAACAAGUGGGCAUCAAUGCACCUAGGACCAAUGUGGUCCUAUGAGAUUGGGAGAGAGCAUGUACCUGUUACUAAUGAUUCUUCAUUAAGUUUAGAUAUUAUUAGCCAAGCAUGGCAAGAAGCAUUUGGAUCCAACACACAAUCACCAAUGGUAAGUAUGGAAAACCCAUUAUCAGCACUGGAGAAAGUAAAAGAUACAACUGAUGUACCUAAGUCUGGUAGAACCAUAAAAGGUGAUCCACUAGAGGCCAAGAUCAAUAUAGCUGGACCUGCUGCCAGGACAAUUCGAAGGAUGAACAAGGAUUGCGACUUUAGCAAAGGCACUGACAUUCAGGCAUCUGCAUUGAAGUUUCUUCAAGAAGGCCAUCCUGGGGGAAGGUGGUGGUUAAAAGCUGAUGGCACUGAUAUCCAAGAAGGACUCAGGGAAUCCAUGAGGAAUGAAUGGUCAGGUGACGUUGAUCUUGGAGAUGGUGAGUUAAAACUUAAGCAUUCUAAGUAUAUAAAAUACCUUGAGUUUGUCCGCAAUAUUGGGUUAAACAAAAGGACUUCACCUGAUGACAUAAAAAAAGACCUUGAAGAGAUGUGUUCUAAACUAUCCACAGAGAAGGAGUUCCUAAGCUCUGGUCACGAAGAUGCUAAAAAGGAGUACAAGAAAAUAUUGGAGAUAGCCAACACUACAGAGAAAGCAUUGUUUGCAUGUGCAUGGAAAGUAGAGGAAUAUAGUAAGUUAUUUGAGAAAAAUGUGUCCAUCUUUCAGUCACUAAAAAACAUCAUCAGCAUUAUAGACAGUGGUGACAAUCAUUCAUUGAACAUUGGAGCAACUUUGACCAGUAUGCGUGAAGAAUUACAGGAAUAUGUUAAAGGAAUUACUUCAAAGACACGAGUAGCGGCAUCUCACAUACUGAUAUUCAUGGUAAGUGACGAAUUGAGAAAUUUCAAACCAUAUGCUAUUCCUGUUCGUGUUCUUAAGUACACCAGCCUUACUGACAAGAAUGCCAGAGACCUUAAAGAAGAGUUAAAAACUGCUAUGGAGGAUAUUGGCAUGACAACUGUGGGUUUUGUUACUGAUGGUGAAUUCAACUCGUUGAGAACACAAGGAAAAGAUAGACCUGUUUCAGUCAUUCAGCUGAUUAUGGAUGCCAAGAAUGAAGCAAGGGCAAUACCUUCCAAGGAGAUUGAAAAGUAUUUCAAGUCUGUGAAAAAAGAAGGAGUAAUAUUACCAGUAAAGGGUCAUGAGGCUGUCCCAUUGGAAGAUGUUCAGUGGUUGGCUGAAUACACGAAUGGUGAACAAAAGGUUUCAUUUACCCAUGCUAUCAGCAUUCUUCGCAGGAAACAGUUUCCAUUCUUUUAUGAUCCUCACCCUUGGGUUGUAGGUAAAACUGAAUCCAAAUCUGAUAGCCUUAAAUCCUUAAUGGCAAUGUACCUAUACAAGAAGAAGGUUAGUAUGUACUGUGAGCAAGGUAUUAACUUCUGCGAUCAUUUGUAUGUGCCCGAGGUAAGUGAAAAAACAGGAGAACCUCAACAUGAACGUGAAGAUCAUAACCAUGUGCUGAAGAGGAUUGCUGGAAGUUUAAGAAAAGGACACAUCCCAAAUGUGGAUCUCCAAGCAUUUGUGAAAGCAAUGAAUGACCCUAAUACAGGUUUGACAUAUACUGCAUUAACAGGUAAGAGGAAGCAAAGUGUAGGUGACGCUGAAAAAUUGCUGUCACCUGCUGUAGCUAAGUGGCUGAAAGCUAACGGUUUUUUGAGUGAAGGUAGAUUUGUAGAGAUUGUGUCAAACUGGCAUAAGGCAAGUGAUGGUCGUGGUCUAACGGAAACAGAACGUUCAAAAAACAACCUGGCCAUGCUGGAUUAUCUGCUAGAAGACUGGAUGCCAUGGUACAAGGAUUUAAGGGACUACUCUACAAUGGAUGUUAACAGACCGAUCAGAGGAGUUGGUGGAUUCACCAGAGAAGUUGUGGUUGCAUUAACAACAAAUAUUGAGAGUCAGGAGUUUAGACGUCGAUAUGGUAUUGAAAAAGGGCUUCCUCCUGAACACCCACGGGCAGGAUCAACAGAUGAUGUUGAAGGCAUCUUUGCUUUUUUACAUGGAUUACUGGGACCGAUUUUUGAUGAGAAGGAUUUUCAUGAUGCUUUUCCAAAAGUUAUCAGUGAAUAUACAAAGAAGUGUGAUCCUGAUCUGCCAUUUUACUAUUACACUGGAUCCAAUGAUAGAUACAAUGAUGGAUGCUUGCAAUCUUUUAACAUACCCUCUAGUAGUGGGGAAGAACGUCUAGAUCGUGUCUGUAUUUCUAGGCGAGCUGACCCUGGAGUAUUUGUUGCCAACAGAGCUGUAAUCCCACAACGUGGUCAAUUGAGUGUUAGAUCAGCACAUUUCAAACAACCAGAAGGCUUACCACCACCACCACCUUCACAAAAUUGAUAAAUAUGAAACAUAUUGUGUGAUUAUAUGUUUUCACUUCUUCAGUAAAAUAAACUG